ACAUGCUCUAUGGCCGCCAGUCGCUCGGCGUCGAGUUGUGGGCUGUAUUUGUAUGCAUAUAAGUGCCCAAAGGUGAUAUAAAGAUAUACAUUUAAAAAAUGCAACAAGAAUUUAUUGCAAAAAUGGUUUUAGUGAACUGUAAAUAGCAUAAAUAACUUACAAGCCCUUGUACACGAGUUCUCCAUAAUUCGGAGAGUAUAAUAUUGUACAUUUAAAUACAAACACAUGUAUUUUAUGUAGAUAUAAACACACACGAGAGCACUCCCAAAAAACUAAUAUAUAUCCAGUUAAAAAUAACCGGAUGUGUUUACAAAGCAGCCAUAGUGUACGAAUGAAUUUAUCUUUAAGUUUGCGUACAAAUCUUACUCUAAUAUUUGAAAAUAUCAAAUGAAAAGCAAAAAGUACGUAUAAAGAUUAGACAUUUUUACUCCGAAACGGCUUGAUGAUGACGGGUAUUCGUAUUUCUAGACCUAAAAUAUAAGCGUAACAUGGAUUUCAAAAGAGAAUCGGAAUCGGAAACAAGAGAAAAGUAUUUACCGAUCUUGAGGAGACCUGUGGCGGCCAUUAAGAAAAGGUCAGGACCGUUGGAUAACGCUCUACUCGAGUUGUGCGAUAAUCUGCCCCUUUCAGAAACCCCUUCGUCAUCCACUGAACAACAACCUUCUGCGGAUGUCUCAAGCACACGUAAGCCUCACUGUGGCAAAAAGUCAAUUGGAGGGGCUCCCUCUGGGAACAAAGUACGCCGCUGUAGUACAAAAGACAAGGAAAAGAAACGAGAACGCUGGCUUCUAACUCGAAAAACAUGGAAAUAUAUGACAGAUGCUGGUCGUAAGCUCAUUCCCGAAGGCUCCUCUUCGGACAAUAUAGCUUCGAUUGAAGAGCAAUUCCAACGCGUGUGCCUAUCUGAACCAGGUUUCAUUUUAUGGCGUCGCAGAACCUCGUACCCAUGGUCAAGUGGCAGCUCACGACGGAGUCUCAAACUAUUGUCGCGGCACGCAAGUGCUUCCAGAAGUGUAAAUAGAAGUGAAUCGACUACAAAUAGUGUUGAUAAUCUCGAUAGAACCAUAGAACUAUUACAAACGUAUCUUAAACUUCGCGAUGAACGGAAGACAACAGCUCUACUCAGUGCUAAAACGGUUCGACCUGACCAAACAUCUUCACCCAGUGCACAAAGACCCGUCCUCACCAACAAGAGUGGCAACAACAUCGAAGCAGAGCUCAUAUCGCGGCUGAAGUUUUUAACUAAUUGCAAUAUAUUGCAGGAAGAGGGAAUCCAGUCAAAUGCAUUUGAUUUUAUUCUUAACGACAAAAAACUCUUAAGAAAAAUCUACAGUUCACUCAAAAAGCAACAACUUCAUCGAAGCCUUCAUUCCAAGGAGCCAUCAAAGCGUAAUGUAGAUCGAUCGUCUUCCCUGACUAGUUUGUUCAAAAUUGCCAACUAUGAAAGUACAAAAACGAGUGAUACAAUCAAAAUUUGUCCGGGUGCGCAGACCUCAAUUUAUUCGGAACUAAACAAUUCGCCGAAACGCCGUGAGGAACAAAAACAAGGCCUUCUGACCGCAGAAAAAAUUGAAAGGAGCCUGAAAACCUGCGGGACUCAGACUAGUUUUGUUCAACUGAACGAGCUAAGAAGUUUGGCCGACAAGUACCAGCUUGGUAUUAAAAAUCUCGAAAUUAAUUUAAAAAAGGAAGAAUCAGAAAAGCAGGACGCUUCUGUAGCUUCGCGUUUGAGUUGUAGAAAGAGUUCCAUUGACGAAGAUAUUUCACCGUCCGUAAGCGAUACGAUUAAGCGUUACCUAAAAAUGGCGAGGAAGAAAAGCCUUUCGAAUUCGGAUUCAAACAGAUUUAAAUCGAUCAACUAUGAUACAAAUCUUAGGAAUAUUAAAGGAACAGGAGAUAUAUAUCCGCCUGGAAUCAGUGAGGGACUCAAUAAGGCUGUACAAACGCUAGAUGCCUGGCCGCUUUUAGCUUUGGAUUUCAUUAGAGGAAACGAUUGUUCCACAAAUCUAACAAACGCUCAUCUAGAAUGGACAAAGUCUGAAGAUGAGCGAACACAAAGAAUUUUAGAGUGGCGUAAAAGUCAUCCACAAUGUGUAAAUAAUGAACAUUCCGCCCGUAUUAGCAGUAAUCAAAACCCUUCACCCUACUCAACCUGCAUAUCCGCACCAACGUCGCCGACCAGUCAUUCAAAGCUUGAAAAGGCUCUAAUAAGUUCAAGUGGACUGCUCUCCUCUAGCUCUCAGUUUAUUUCAAACAUUUUGCACGUGCAUAGUCACGCGGGAAGCACAUACACUCAACAAAACCAGAAUAAGUCCCAAGGAAAUGAAACAUCAAAUAUGCAAAAGUCAAAGUCAUUAUCGAACGUGGGACAGUUUAUGACUAAAAAAAUAUGGGGAAGCCGUUCGAAAAGCCAGAAUAGGCGAAAUCCAGCGAAAGAUUGUUCCCAUUUACCUGCUUUAAAAUGGUAUCCUUCGACGAAUUGUUUAUGGGUUUCAGAGUCUGGUGAAAACUUUCAAAUUGCGGAGACUUCACUGGUAAAGCUGUCAAAAACAGAAUCAGAUCUACUAAAGGAUUUUGCAUUAGAAAAAAUAAAGGAAUUUAAUAUUGCAAAUGUUGAAGAUUUAAAAAAACUGUCUCAAAAACGGCAAAUCGUACAAAAAAAAAAGUCGAUGACCACCACCUUUUUUGAUGUUGGACGAAAAUAUGAAAGGAAUGGUGGUAGCCUCAGAUUGUUUGGAGCUUCAUUGGAAAGUUGUUUGGCAAGAGAUCUUAAACGAAGCGAUGACAUAGAUAACCGAUCAAAAUAUUCCCUAAUGUCGGUGUUUCGUGGAGGCGGCAGUAACCCAGGAAGUAUUAUGAAGCUAAACGACAACGUAAGGUCCUGUGAAAGCUUACCAUCUAAAUCCCUGGAAUAUGGAUACGUGGAGUCUUCGGAAUCUUUGUCUGACUCCAACACAAGUGUAUCAAAACGUUCGACCUCGCAAUCGCAGUUCGAAUCGGAAAAUAGCGAACUGAGCUUGGACAAGCACUAUCAAGAUCAGAAAAUUCUCAUGGUGCCGAAGUUCGUAAAUCAAUGUAUCGACUAUUUAGAGGAAAAUGGAUUACACAAGGUCGGGAUCUUUCGAGUGAGCACGUCUAAGAAAAGAGUUAUGCAAUUGCGCGAGGAGUUCGAUAAGAGUAGCAAUUUAAUGAUUUCUGCCGAUACAUGCCCGCACGAUGUAGCCACCCUACUUAAGGAAUUUCUACGAGACCUUCCAGAACCACUGCUGUGCGACAAACUCUAUUCCACAUUUUUAAAAACGCAACGUAUAAGGAAUCGACGCUUGCAACUAGAAGCUAUAUCCCAUUUAAUUAGGCUACUUCCCAUACCGAAUCGGGACACAUUGUACGUGUUGCUAGUAUUUCUGGCAAAAGUAGCAGCCCACUGCGACGACACAUGGAGUACUGACAAGAACUGUCUAAUGGUUGGAAAUAAAAUGGAUAGCAAUAAUCUGGCAACCGUCUUUGCUCCAAACAUUUUGCGAAGCACAUUUUUAGUGCUUCCGAGUAACAGGGAAGAGGAAAACAUAAGCGAUGCCAUUAAUGUCAUAAGAAUCUUGAUUGAUCAUUAUAAAGAAAUUUUCAAAAUAUCACCAGAAUUGCUCAAUUGUAUAUACACCCAAGUGCUAGAAAUCUGUCCUGAAAAGUUAUACGAGCUGAUUUCAACAAAAAUAAAUAGCCAUGAAUGGUAUGAAAACAUCGAUCACUCCAGUGACAUAGAUUUGAUGAUAGAAAAAUGUCCUGGAGCUGAAAGCCAGAUAAAAACGGGGCAUACUAAUGACGUCAUGGGAUCACGAGAGCAAAAUUUACAAGUUUUAUCUGCCAGCUUAAAAAUAUCUUUGCCGGAGCAAGCUCAGACAAAUGUCAAAGCCAACUUAAAAAAUCAAGAAAAUAAAACGUCAUGCCAAAAGCUUUCCAAGAUACCGGCUAUACCUUCAGACCCCGGGUCCACGACAUUGAGUGCAAAUACUGCUCAGUUUGAAAAAAAUGUUGUGUCAAAUUCAUCAAAUAAUUUUGGUAACAUUGGUAAUUGCCAAACAGGCGCACCCAAAAAGCACACUUACAAACGGCAGCACUUAAUUUCUAGUUCGCGACGAAUAAGCCAAGGACCCUAAAUAAUAAUAAUAAUAAUAAAUAAUAUUUGUAAUGUAUUAUAUUUAAGAAAUGCAACUUGUUUGUUUUCUAAGAAUGUAUAGAUUAAAGGAAUCACCUCCGACACAAUAAAGUAUAUAUUGCAAAUUGGGUGCGAGCAGAAGUGUUAAUGAUGCCAAGCAAU